AUGUGUCAUAAGCAACAGAAAACUUUAAAGCUGAAAAAUGCAAUCCCUCGAAGUGAACUUGUGUACGAAGAUAGUGAUCCUGUGUACGAGGAUAGUGAACCUGUGUACGAGGAUAGUGAAACUGUGUACGAGGAUAGUGAACCUGUGUACGAGGAUAGUGAACCUGUGUACGAGGAUAGUGAACCUGUGUACGAGGAUAGUGAACCUGUGUACGAGGAUAGUGAAACUGUGUACGAGGAUAGUGAACCUGUGUACGAGGAUAGUGAACCUGUGUACGAGAAUAGUGAGUGCCGUACACUCUACCAGCACCCUCACCCCCCUAUGGGACCACAUAGCGCUAAUAGUGAGAGCUGUGGCCCCUGUGUCCACCCCACAAAAGGCUGA